ACUCACCGCAAUUCGCACAAGAAGAAGAAGCAGCGGGAGAGGAGCGAGGACAAACGGAGUAACCGAGGGAGGGAAAGGAAGACCUCAAAAAAACUUGUUUUAAUAAAAGUCACAAGUUGUCAUGCGUACUUGGCAUGACAGAAGGGAAGUGCCCCAAUAACAGCGUUACUCUGUUGCUAUUCGCGUCCCUCACUGUCCACCGCACGGCUGCUGUUUGUGUAUUAAAGCGUAACUAAACAGUAAAGUCAACUUCAGAGGCGCGACUUUGUUCGGAUGGCUCCGUCCGAACCGUUCAUGGAUCCUUAUGGGAGUCUUUCUUAGACUAAUGAGUCAGCACGUUAUAUCGGCGGCAAUAAAAGAAAUGUAAAAUGUACUGCUAAAACGGAUAAGAGCACGACAUGGCAGACAGGCGGACGUUCAACGUUGUGAUUUUGGGUUUGGGUUUUCUGUUCAUUUUUACCGCCUUCACAACCUGCGGGAACGUUGAACAAACUGUGGUGAAGAGCCUGGGCAAUGGCACUUUCAGUGGCAGUGGGUAUCACAGUCUUGGAAUCAUUUAUGGGGUCUUUUCUUUCUCCAAUUUACUUGCACCAACAGCUGUUGCAGUAAUUGGACCAAAAUUUACCAUGUUUUUGAGUGGCAUACUCUACAGUGGGUACAUCGCCGUGUUUAUCCUCCCUUCGACAUGGGCCUUUUACUUAACCUCCGUGCUGAUUGGCAUAGGAGCAGCCAUGCUCUGGACAGCUCAAGGGCACUUUCUUGUGGAGAACUCGGAGGCUUCCACCAUCAACAGGAACACAGGAAUGUUCUGGGCUCUCUUACAGUGCAGCAUGCUGUUUGGCAAUCUCUACAUUUACUUUGACUGGAAUGGAAGAACAGAGAUAUCGGACGGCAGCAGAAAAAAGAUUUUUCUGUCCCUGUUGGUCACUUCCAUAGUCGGUACACUCAGCUUCCUGGUGCUGAGAAAGAGCCAUCAUGAAGAGGAGAUGCUCUCUGAAGAGGAAGGGCAGUCACUGCUCUCAACUCGCAUGAUGUAUAAGCACAGAGCACACACUGCCAUGCAAGACGCCAAGUCAGAAUUCAAAACCAUCCUGCAACUUCUGAAGGCUAAAACUAUACUGCUCCUCGGUCCCUGCAUGGCAUACAGCGGCCUGGAGCUAUCUUUCUACAGUGGAGUGUAUGGGACGUGUAUCGGAGCAACUACGCAGUUUGGAGAGGCAGCUAAAGGCUUGAUUGGGAUCUCUGGGAUCGUGGUAGGAAUUGGAGAAAUUGUGGGUGGAGGCUUGUUUGGAUUGUUGUUUAAGAACAAUCGCUUCAGACGGACCUCUGUGGUGUUUCUGGGAAUGGUGGUCCAUUUUGUGGCUUUCUACCUGAUCUUCCUCAACAUCCCAGAUGAUGCCCCUGUUGUCUUUCAUACUACCACCCUAAAGAAGCCAUAUUUAACCCCAAGUGUAUCCAUUGCCCUGCUGUGCAGCUUCUUGCUUGGACUUGGGGACAGUUGCUUCAACACACAGCUCUAUAGCAUAUUAGGCCGUGUUUAUGCUGAACAAAGCACACCUGCUUUUGCCAUCUUCAAAUUCAUCCAGUCUGUUUUUGCAGCUGUGGCCUUCUUCUACAGUGGUUACCUCCUGCUGAUGUGGCAGCUCCUGCUGAUGGUGGCCCUGGGCUUCACUGGAACACUCUGCUUCUUCGUGGUGGAGAGGAUGGAGAACAUCUCUGUAGAUUUGCAGGAAUACUAGGAAGAUGACGUUUCAGGAUCAGCAUUGAUUUAUUUGUGAGACAGAGACCUAAUGGGAGGAAGUGAAACCAUCAGAAAAAUAAUCCUGUGUCUUUUAUUUCAUGAAGGGUUAUUUUAAAAUCUCUUUUUUAGUAUAAUGCACUGAAGAUCAUACAGAUUUGGAUAAUAGUCAUAUUCAAAAUUGUUGAUACAACCGAGCUGCCUUAAGAAAACUUUUAAUUGGUACUGCAUGGUUACCAAUCAGCUUAGACUGUACCAUACACACCUUUUCUUCUGAUUAAUGGACACUACUCAGCAUCAUUGUUUACGGCUGCACUGUAAGUCUUUAUUGUAGACUAAAAAUUAAAAAUAGCCACUUGCCUUAUCUGAUACUCACCUGCAUUGCUUCCAGUUCAGGUCUUGUAAUUUGUAAGUUGAAAAUAUUUGAAGUAUCUAAAACUGUUGCUUUGUAACUUUUAAAGUUGUUCAUAGUUUGUCAGAAUGAUUGACAUGAGAAAAUAAUGCAAUAUUGUUCCUGUCAUGCUUCAGAAAAAUGUUAACCAAUUAAUGCCUGACAAUCAGUGUUCUUAACGCUCUGUUUUGUAAAUUUUGCAAUGUUUUUCCACAGAUUUGUGGAUGUUUUGUGAUGAAUAAAGUUCUAUGCAUUUUGCA